AAUACCCCAAGGUCUUUAAAUGCAGCCGGCUAUUAUAUACGCUCGCUUCAUUGCUCAUUCACUGGAGCGUGUUAACUCUACUUAAUACACGUUUUGCAGACUUUUCAUCAAAUGCAAAUUUCACGGAGUUAUUGUUAGUGAAAAGAGCUCUCUGAAAUUGUUUCGUUGACGAGAACAUCACUUAAACAUCGCUCCUUUUCCAAAGGGAAAGAUAGUCAGCGACGAAAUUGCUGAAGGUGAACAAAUUACUGAAGGCUAACAAAUCAGAACUUCCAUCUAAAUUUGUAGAUUUUGGAGUAAUUACGGUACUUUAAACUGAAACCAAUAAAAUAUGGCAAAAAGAAAGUUGUUGGUAAUCUGUCUGAUUGCGUUGGAGCUGGUGGACAUGGCUGUAUCGGCUAAAAAAGUGAAAUAUUUGGACAACCUUUUAUGUAAAACGUACGAGACCGUGGUUCCUGUAGAUCCCUCCAAUCACGGUUAUUACCCGUUUUUUGUCAAGCUCCAUCGCUGCGCCGGCUCGGCGAGCACAGUUUCUCCAAAAGUGCAGCAUUGUGUGGCCCACAGCUACGACGAAUUAAGCAUUCAAGUUUUUUCGCACUCGUCCAACUUUCGGUCAACCACCAUUACGAUGAAGAAUCACACAAGCUGUGCUCAUGAAUGCGUCACCAGUCCGGAUGAGUGCAAUUUUGCCGUAGAGGACUGGGACGAUCAACACUGUACGUGCAAGUGCAGAUACCCUGAUGGACCGCCAGAAGAAUUCGCCUGCAAGGAUGGCUUUAGGUGGAACAGCCAUAAAUGCAAAUGUGAAUGUGAUAGAGCUCCCGAUCAUUGCCCUGUCAGAAAGGUCUGGAGUAAUGAUAUUUGUGGCUGCAGGUGUGAAAACAGUGCAGUUAAUGAGUGUACACAAAUGGACAUGGGAAUUGAUGUAGAUUGCCAGUGUGUAGACGUGCAGGCCUUCCGCGAUCACAAAUCAGUUCAUUCAAGGAAUCGUAUGUUCAUAACGCUCCUGAUUGGUCAAGCAGUGCUGAUUAUUCUGCUCAUUUGUGCUCUGGUGCACUGGGUACGAAAAAGAAACAAACAGAACUCGUCUCAUUCCCCGCUCGACAGAUUAGACUCGCGCAAGAUUAGUGACGAUUUAGAGGUGGUGGUGGGAUCCGAGUGUACAAACUCCUUAGAUGAUACAAAGGAGUCGACCGAUGACGACAGCUGCACUGCUCCUCUGUCCCCUAAAGUACAGAUAACAGAUAUAUAAGACCUGGAUAUAGACCCGGUAUUUCAUGGACAGUGAAUAUGGAAGAGACGCGGGAUGUCAAUUCAGAAAAAGUCCGUCAAGGGAACGAGGCAAACCAAGUGUCGCUUAGAUCAAAGACUGAAAGUAGCGCCUGAAUAAUCAAAAGAAAAAGAUUAUUUUUGGCCAAAGCUUAACCAUUUCAAUGAUAAUUUUGGUCAAUUCAAGUUGUAAUCGCUCAUUAUAAUCCUUGGCUAAAUUGAAAUUGAUGCCUAUGCGAGUUGUGAUAUGGAAGGUACUUCAAAGCUUAAUUAAGAGCUAUUUUGUUGGUCUUUUCCACGCUCUCGCUCGGUUUCUGGGAGCGAGAAAAAGAGGAACGAGGCGUGCGGGAGAACGAAGGGAAUCUGGGGAAGAAAGUGCCUUUUUUCCACUCCUUCUUCGCGACAGCUUCGCGCAAGCAAUACGUUAUUCUUGAAACGUAGCAACAUUCAUUAGAAAAUGUAGAGUUUAUAAUGCGAUAUUUUAUUACCUUUUCUAAGAAAAGAAGUUGUUUUGAACGAAUACUACAAUAGUGAACAUAAGUAUAGCCACCACGACUUGGAGGCAGACAAAGUAGUGGUAAUAUCACGUGACUUUUGUGUCGUAUUCUCACUGACCAGCAACUUCAAACCCAGGCCCGUUCUUGGGCAGUAAACGACAUUGCUGACGAAAUUGCGACUAUUAACUUUCAUGUAGGAAAGCCGUUUUCAUUGUUUAGAAUUAUCUGUUGUAUUUAGCUGAUAUACAUGUCAAUAAAUUGUACAUAGGCAAAA